GUAAAGGGACACCUCUGACCAGCGAUAAGCUCAAACAGGAAGGGACAGGCAAGAGGUGCCGUCUCUUGGUAGCGUGCCCUCGACUCUCAGCUUCCGUUUUCCUGAUCAGACGAUCGAAACAUUGAAAAACAGGAUGAAGAUUAUUCUGUUAUUGUUGCCGAUCUCGUGGCUGGCCAUGUGCCUGGCGACACCAUUGGAAAAGCUCGACAAGAUCAGCGUGCUCGAGCAGCAGUCUGUGACGCUAACGGAUCGGGCCAAGUACGAGGAGGAGUUGCUUCGAAAGCUUAACUCCAAGUGCUCGCAAAACGACAUCAGCAGCUGCGUGAUGUUGAAGUUGGUUACCUACAUGAACAAGCUACUGAAGAAGGCGUCGAUCGAGCUGACAGACGAUAUCGAGAUCAGAAAAACCAGCCAAGCCUCCGAGGAGGUGAUUACGUUCGAAGCUGGCAGAAGCAACGACGAUGAGUCUGAGGUCCUCAACCUUGUCGCGAACAAGGUGUAUGCGUUCAUCAAGUCUAGAAGUAUCAAAUGGAGAAUUCUACCGGAAGAUGACGUAGUUGUUUCCGCUUCGGAGGAUGAGAACGGAUCGUUGAAUCUUGGCUUGUCCAUCGAAAGGGCGGACAAUAUUCCAGUGCAGGAUGGUCGCGGAAAGAAGAACAAUAACAUGGGUCCGUUGAUCGCGGCGGCGGUGCUAAAGGUCGGUCUGAUCGGUGGUCUGGCCUUCAAGGCGCUCGCGUUACUUGUCGGCAAAGCGUUGCUCCUUUCCAAGAUCGCUCUUUUACUGGCCGGUAUAAUCGGUCUGAAGAAACUGUUCUCGCAACAGAAGCACGUGACUUACGAGGUGGUCGCUCAUCCUCAUCACACUUCCAGUCACACGUUGGAUCACGGACACGGGGACAGCUAUUCCAGCGGCUGGGCCAGAAGUUUCCACGGUCAAGGCCCGAUUUCCGGGCAGACAGACGCUCACGAACUAGCCUACUCGGCGCACGCGAAGUGA